CUAAAAUCUCCCCACGGCCAAACGGGAACUUUGUCCAUCUCACACCGGACUCUUGUGAACUGAUUCUGCUCGAUUCAAGAUCAUUUUUUCCUCGCCCCAGGCCACGUGCUAUCUGAUGGAAAACGAGCCGCUGGCCGACUUUGAAAUGGCCUUCUACAACGGGUACAAGCUCCACAGCUCGACCGCGAAGCAGCGGAUCGAACUCAGGAUCCCCAAGGAGCCUUCUGGAGCCGCAUCCGGAAUGGCGCACGCCUCGAAACGAACUGACAAAGUUCAAAGCGAAUACGCGACGUAUGCCAUCGAUCUCAAAGGCACCGAAAGCAGCAUCCCGCCCGAACUGUUGCCGUACUUUCGCCACGGACAGUACUGCCUCAAGAUCUGCUUGGAUGUCGAGACCUCUGCCAAGCUCGAUCCGUCCGUCAAAUACCCGCUCAUCCUCAAGUCCUCGACAACGCCAACUCAAGCGCAACUGCCGGCUGUGGACAGAAUCGAAACAAGCCCAACGCAGACGCUGUUCCAAGGAUAUACGACAGCCCCGUCGACAGUGUAUCCCGACUCGCUUUCGGAUAUGAGCACGCCAUCCUCUGCGGCUGCAGGGACACCGCGAGUCGGUCGGUAUCCAAGCCGGUCAGGAGUGGCAGGGACGCUGUCCUCGUCGUCGUGUACAGGCACACUGCGGAGAGCCCACAGCGAUGGCACACUCCAACGAGCAGCGCCGCCCACACCGACAACGUGGUCAUCAGCAGGAUCAUCGAUUCAAAGCCCAGGAAAGGAUGGCCAGGCGACACCUUCGCCAGCGUGCCCCUCAACAACGACAGCGCGCACAGAUGCGACGAAUGGAGCAGGCUCUCUGGGGUCCCUGCGAACAGAGGGCCGCAAACAGAGCCACCCAGCUCCAGCUGCGCCGACAGAAUCGUACGGGCGUCCGAGCACGUACUCUAGUAUCAAGAAUCGACAUCCAGCACGAGACGCUGUUGCCGACAGAGGCUGCAAAGAGGCUCCACCAGGGAGAGAGUCAAUGCCAGAGUUAGCAGCAGCAGCACAAACACAAGUGCCCAAGGUGUCGCCGACAUGCAGCAGAUCUGGUGUCUCGACACCGACAGACUCGACCCACACGAGGCCGUCCAGAUCAUCAAGAAGCAAAGCCACAGAGCCGAACAAUCGGGUUGGAUUGGGCGGCGCCACUGAGUCGCACACCAUGGACGAGCCGAGAAUGCGGUUUCUCCCAGGCGUGGGGUGGUGCAGCUUUGAGGACGAGCACAGCGGGGUUUUCAAACUCAUGUUCGUCGACGGGACGCUGAUGACGAUCGAUUCGAAAGAUCAGACGCUGGGCUGGCGCAGCUUUGAUCCGACCGCGGAGAUCUGUCCAGGACACGAGCCAAGCACCAGAUACGCCAUCAACGAGAAGUUGCCGGCUGCAGUCAAGUCCAAGCUCGGUCACUUUGCCGAGUUCCUGCAAGCAUCCUCACACCCGUGUGAUGACGAUGCAGAUGCCAAAGUUGCAACGGCAUGAGGCGUGUCAGUGUCAAGGCCAGCAAUAUACCGGACGCACUUUGGCAACAUGGCUGCGCGGACAACUUUGACCGACGAUAGGGUCCAGUGCUGAACAGAGUUGGUGCACGCAC